GCGUGUUGUUUAGAGGCCUGGCAGCGGGCUCGAGCGCAUCGCCUCGCCUCACCUCACCGCCGGCGGGCGAACGGACACCCGCGGGGUGGUGGUGGGAGAGGGAAGGGCAGUGGGACCGCACGGCCAACGCCAUCCCGCUCACGGCUGCGAGGAUGCCUUUGCCGAGUCGAGUGUGGAGCAGCCGCCUGACCCUCGGCGAUGGCUGACGGCGGCCAGGAGCUGCCGGCCUUCUCCCGCCCCCCUUCCUGCUCCAUGGCCGUGCAUUGAUUGAGGCGUCGCUGCGAACUGCAGGCUGCCUGCCCAACGGAUUGCAAGCGCAUACCUCUUGUCGUGUAUCCACACACGUACACACACACACACACUUCGCCAUGGACGGGAAAAAAAUUGAUGACAUCGCUCCCGGCCGUCUUCGCCGCCUUGAAGACAACAAUGGCGUGAUGAAGUCUCCUCCAUCCUGCCUCAAGUCCGGGAACGUCAAGGUCUAUCUGAAAAAGUGGAGCAUCUGGGACAAAUUUUACAAUUUGGGUACCGAGAUGAGAAUGUCCAAACGGGGAAGGUUUAUGUUUCCAUACUGUGAAUAUUCAGUCUCCGGGCUGGAUCCCGAGAAAAAGUACAUCAUGGCAAUGGAUAUCUCUCCAGUGGACAGUUACCGCUACAGAUACAAUGGAUGCAAAUGGCAGAUAAAUGGGAAAGCAACCCCACAUGUAAUGGGGAGGCUUUAUUUCCAUCCAAAUGGGAGUGUUUCUGGAAAAGAAUGGAUGCUUAAGACAUUGUCUUUUGCCAAACUCAGAUUGACCAAUUGCCCUACAGCAGAAGAAGGCAAUGCAAUCCUUCAUUCAAUGCAUCGAUACAUCCCCCAAUUCCACAUUAUUGUAACUGAUGGAAUCAUUGAGAAGCUAAACCUGAAUGAUCCCCGUGUCUACACAUUUGUCUUUCAACAAACUGAGUUCUUUGCUGUGACAAAGUAUGAAAAUAAAUUUAUCAGGCAGCUAAAACAUUUCUAUAAUCCCUAUGGCACUGCACUACGUGACCUAAAGACCUCCAAACAGGAUGGUGUGAAUAGCCGAAAGGCUAGGAAGCGAUGUGAAAAGAAGUCUUUCCUCAAUGUAGUAAAAAUACACGAUACCACAAAUAAUAAUGAGGAGUCUGAGCAGAAACUGAAGGCAAUUAUUCCCCUAAAGGAUGGUGCAGGAAAAACCCAAGAAUGUACAAAUAACCAAGGACUUAUGAAACAAAUGAGAAAAAUUCCACCUGUAGAAAAUGUACAAAUAAAACAGUCAUUCAGUUUUGAAGAUUCUCAGGACAGGAUAGCGGAGAUUGAAAAUCUUGAACAGAAACUACGGGAUGAGCUGAUAUGGAAUGGAUCACAUGAAAUACUGCAUCCAGUUCUACAAAAAUCUGGCAUAAAACUAAGUGGCCUUCAGAUCACCGAAUGGCUAAACUUGAAACAUUUAGGACAUGCUUUGUAUCAUGGACACUCUGUUCCCAGUUCUGAGCAGAAUGCUGAAUUGAAUUAUUCCUCCUUUUCUGGAGCCGAGUCACAUGGAAUGCGAGAAACCGGAAUUCCAUUUAUCUCCCGGACAGGAAAAACCAAUGAUCUCACCAAGAUUAAGGGUUGGAAGAACAAAUUUAAUCUGCAGCCAGGGUCACCUGAUGACAAACCAAACCCAUUACCUUCAAGUGCCACCACUACAGUUAUUAAAAAUAGAUCAGCAUUUGUUAGUGAUCUGCUGGAUGAAUACCUGGAAAAAGAAGGGAAGAUUAUUGAACAGCAAUCUCUGCUGUAUGACUAUGAGAUGCCUGAGAUUGGUUGUCGUACUCCGAACCUCUUUGAUUCACCAUGUAGUAUUCAACAAAACCCUACUACCCAUUCACCUGACUUGGCUCUGCCACCAAAAAACAAAUCUGCACAUUUGGAAAUGCCACCUGUGCUGGAGAAACACUUCAGCGUUACAAACAAAGGGAUAUUCAUCAGAGAUGUACAAAGCAACAGCGUGCGUGGGAAAAAAAGGCGUAAAAAGCAUAACAGCAGUUCUGUGGGUAAAAGGUCAAAAAUACCCAAUCAAAAUAAAAAUGCGUCAAAACUAUCGAUUAAAGAUGACCCGACUCAAUUUCAUGUCACACCCUCACAAAAGAAACAAAUGAAACCAAAUCCAGCAAACCUUAACGUCGUGCAUGUGUCAUCAAGAACCAAAGGUGGAAAGAAAUCUAGUAUUUCAGAAAGUCAAAAUGAAGCCACAUACGUUCCAGAUGCUAAAAAUGUAGAGCGAGAAGAAAGGUGUAAGCAGCUACCAUUGACGCCAAACAAACCACCUGACUCUAAAACAGUUGAGAUAAUAUCCUACUGUGCAUGGAACGAAAGUCGUGUUAAGAUAAUUAAGCUGAUCGCAGAAUGUGCAAUGGCUAAAAAGCUUCCCUGUACACAGCGGUUAGAGACAAAUAUGAAAUUCACGUGGAAAAAAGGGAAGGGACUUUGUCGUUUUCCCCUAAGAAGCAGGUUGAUUUGA